AUGGUUUUCUUCCUUUGUUUUCUCUUGAUAUCUAUAUUCUCAACUUGUGGAAAUGCUGAUAUAAACACAUCAAGUCCUUUAUCAAUAAGACAAACUCUGAGCUCUCCUAACGGAGUUUAUGAAUUAGGCUUCUUCAGUCCUAACAACACCCUGAAUCAGUAUGUUGGGAUCUGGUUCAAGAACAUCACUCCUCAGGUCGUUGUGUGGGUGGCUAACAGAGACAAACCAGUCACAAAAACCGCGGCAAAUCUCACCAUCAGCACCAACGGGAGCCUGAUCUUGCUUGACGGAAAGCAAGAUGUUAUAUGGUCAACAGGAGAAGCAUUCACAUCCAAGAAGUGCCAUGCAGAGCUUCUAGACACCGGAAACCUUGUUGUAACUGAUGAUGUUUCAAGAAAAACAUUAUGGAGAAGUGGUCCAUGGGCAAAAACAAAAUUCUCUGGGAUACCUGGGAUCGAUGCAUCAUAUGUAAGUCCAUUCACUGUUGUCCAAGAUGUAGAGAAAGGCACAGCAUCUUUCUCUUAUUCCCAGUUAAGAAACUAUAAACUAUCAUAUGUUACGUUGACAUCAGAAGGGAAAAUGAAGAUCCUCUGGAGUGAUGGCAAAAACUGGACGCUUCACUUUGCAGCUCCAGUAAGUUCAUGUGAUCUAUAUGGUGCUUGUGGGCCUUUUGGUUUGUGUUUGAGAACCAGUACCCCAAAGUGCGUAUGCAUGAAAGGGUUUGUACCAAAGUCGGAUGAGGAGUGGAGACAAAGGAACUGGACAAGUGGGUGUGUGAGACAUACAAAGCUCUCUUGCCAGGCGAACUCUUCUGCAAAGACUCAAGGCAAAGAAGCAGACAUCUUCUAUCAUAUGAAACAUGUAAAGACUCCGGAUAUGUACCAGUUUGCAAGCUUUCUCAACGCAGAACAGUGUCACCAGGGUUGUCUAGGAAACUGUUCUUGCACAGCCUUCGCCUAUAUAAGUGGAAUUGGAUGCUUGGUAUGGAACCGGGAGCUUGUAGACACGGUUCAGUUUUCAUCUGAUGGAGAGUCUCUUUCCCUUCGUCUUGCAAGUUCAGAAUUGGUUGGAAGCAGCCGAACAUUGAUUAUUGCUGGUGCUACUGCCAGCCUUUCCUUACUCACGAUCUUGGUCUUUUCCGCAUAUACGUUCUGGAGAUACCGAGCCAAACAAAAUGUUGCACCAAAUUUUAUGUUCAUCAACACUUCACAAGAUGCACGGAAGAAUGAUUUGGAACCACAAGAUGUCUCCGGCAUAAAUUUCUUUGAGAUGCAUACAAUACGAACUGCCACUAAUAACUUUAGUUUCUCAAACAAACUCGGUCAAGGUGGAUUUGGUCCAGUUUAUAAGGGAAAGCUGGUAGAUGGAAUAGAAAUAGCGGUUAAACGCCUGUCUAGCAGCUCCGCACAGGGAACAGAGGAGUUCAUGAAUGAGAUAACACUAAUCUCGAAACUACAGCAUAGAAACUUGGUUAGGCUUUUGGGAUGCUGCAUCAAAGGAGAAGAGAAGCUCUUGAUUUAUGAGUUUUUGGAGAACAAAAGCCUUGACGUCUUUCUAUUUGAUUCAACUCUAAAGUUUGAGAUUGAUUGGGCAAAGAGAUUUGAAAUCAUUCAAGGUAUUGCACGUGGGCUUCUCUAUCUCCACCGUGACUCACGCCUCAGGGUCAUUCACCGAGACCUGAAGGUCAGCAACAUUCUUCUGGACGAGAGAAUGGUCCCAAAAAUAUCAGAUUUUGGACUGGCUCGCAUGUUUCAAGGAACCCAUUUCCAGGACACCACUCGCAGGGUUGUGGGAACUCUAGGAUAUAUGUCUCCUGAGUAUGCAUGGACAGGGGUGUUCUCUGAAAAAUCCGACAUCUAUGCAUUUGGAGUUCUUUUGUUAGAAAUUAUCAGUGGAGAAAAGAUCUCAAGGUUCAACAAUGGAGAAGAAGGAAAUAACCUCAUUGCAUAUGCAUGGGAAUGUUGGUGUGAAACCAAAGGAGUUGAUUUUCUGGACCAAGAUCUUGCUGGUUCUUGUUGCCCAUUACAAGUUUCGAGAUGUGUCCAGAUUGGUCUGAUUUGUGUUCAACACCAACCUGUGGAGAGACCCAACACAGUUAAAUUACUGUCUAUGCUCACUACAAUAUUAGUUCUUCCCUCACCAAAACAACCCAUAUUUGCACUGCACAGUAGAGAUGAAAAUUCCACGUCUAACGAUGUGAUCACUGUCAAUGGGUUGACACAAUCUGCGGUCCAAGGGCGUUAA